AUGGAGGCUUUGGUGUGCAAGAAACUAGGUGAUCCAACAGCAUUGAAAUCAUCAAUAUCAGAGGCAGAUAAUGAUAACCCGAUAAUUUUACACAAAACCCAUCCAAUCCCACAACUUAAAUCACCCACAUCAGUUAGAGUUAGAGUUAAAGCUACAAGCUUGAACUAUGCAAAUUAUCUGCAAAUUUUAGGCAAGUAUCAAGAGAAACAUCCUCUCCCUUUUAUCCCUGGCUCUGAUUACUCUGGCAUCGUUGAUACUGUGGGUCCUGGUGUCUCACUUUUCAAGGUCGGUGACCGUGUUUGUUCCUUUGCUGCCAUUGGUUCCUUUGCCGGAUUCAUUGUUGUUGAUCAAGCUGAAUUGUUUAAAGUGCCAGAUGGAUGCGAGUUGGUUGAUGCUGGUGCAUUGCCUGUGGCUUUCGGCACCUCACAUGUUGCACUUGUACAUAGAGCUCAAUUGACUUCUGGUCAGGUGUUGUUGGUUCUUGGUGCAGCUGGAGGGGUCGGUCUAUCUGCUGUUCAAAUUGGCAAGGUUUGUGGGGCUGUUGUUAUUGCGGUUGCAAGGGGAGAUGAAAAGGUGCAGUUUUUGAAGUCAUUGGGAGUGGACCAUAUAGUGGAUUCGAGCAAAGAGAGUGUCAUUGCCAGUGUCAAGGACUUCCUUAAAGCAAGGAAGCUUAAAGGAGUUGAUGUCUUGUAUGAUCCUGUUGGAGGCAAACUUACUAAAGAAAGCAUGAAGUUGUUGAAUUGGGGUGCUCAUAUAUUGGUUAUUGGUUUUGCUAGUGGGGAAGUACCAGUUAUCCCUGCCAAUAUUGCUCUUGUCAAGAACUGGACUGUGCAUGGACUUUAUUGGGGCAGCUAUAAAAUACAUCGACCUCUUGUGCUCAAAGAUUCAAUUCAGGAGCUGCUUUCCUGGGUGGAAAAGGGCCUGAUUACCAUCCACAUUUCUCAUGUUUACAGCUUACCUGAGGCCAGUCUCGCAUUUGCAGCUAUUAAAGAUAGGAAAGUAAUUGGGAAGGUGAUGAUUGCUAUUGACGAUCAAAGAAGUGGAAAAUCUAAGCUUUAA